AUGCCACUUCAUCUGAAACCUGAUUCUUCCUUCUUCAUAUCCUCUUCCUCAUUGCUUCGCGCAUCACCGAUGACGUCGACUUCGUUGGGACCUUCGACGCUACUUUCUUACGGCUCUUCUUCUCGUGAAUUUCCAGAUUUCCGGUUCAGAUUGGUUUUGGGCCACCGAGUUCGAAUUCCUUCGUUCCGGCGAUUUCGGAUUCACUGCGAGACCAAGGAAAAGGAAGUGCCAUCUUCACCAAUCGUUGAAAGCUCGUCAUUUUCCGGAGAUGCUGCUUUGCGUUCUAAUGAAUGGAAGGCUGUUCCGGAUAUAUGGAAAUCAUCUGCAGAAAAGUAUGGUGAUAGAGUUGCAUUGGUAGAUCCUUAUCAUGAUCCGCCUUUGAAAUUGACCUACAAGCAGUUGGAGCAAGAGAUUUUGGACUUUUCUGACGGCUUACGAGUAGUUGGAGUGAAAGCAGAUGAGAAGAUUGCACUUUUUGCUGAUAACUCCUGCCGAUGGCUUGUCUCAGAUCAAGGUAUAAUGGCCACCGGAGCAGUCAAUGUAGUAAGAGGAUCUAGGUCCUCUGUUGAAGAGCUACUUCAGAUAUACCGUCACUCUGAAAGUGUAGCCCUUGUUGUGGACAAUCCAGAGUUUUUCAACCGCAUUGCCGAGACAUUUACUUCCAAGGCAUCUCUGAGGUUUCUGAUACUUCUCUGGGGUGAGAAACCAUCAUUGGCUACGCAAGGGAUUCAGAUUCCAGUUUACACUUACACAGAGAUUAAAAACCUAGGACAGGAGAGACGUGCACAAUUUUCAGGAUCUAAUGGUAUAACCAGGAACCAUGAAACCAUCAAUUCAGAUGAUACAGCAGCGAUUAUGUAUACCAGUGGUACCACUGGAAAUCCGAAAGGCGUUAUGCUCUCUCAUCGGAAUCUUUUGCAUCAGAUAAAACACUUAUCCGCGUAUGUGCCUGCUGAACCUGGAGAUAGAUUUCUAAGCAUGCUGCCAUCGUGGCAUGCCUAUGAACGUGCUUGUGAAUACUUCAUAUUCACAUGUGGAGUUGAACAAAUGUAUACAUCUAUAAGAUUCUUAAAGGAUGAUCUAAAGCGGUAUCAACCACACUAUCUUAUUUCGGUUCCUUUAGUAUAUGAGACACUUUACAGCGGUAUUCAGAAGCAAAUUUCCUCAAGUUCUGCUGCCCGUAAAUUUCUAGCACUUACAUUGAUCAAAAUUAGCCUGGCAUAUAUGGAGAUGAAGAGGAUUUAUGAGGGCAUGUGUCUGACAAAAGAGCAAAAGCCUCCAAUGUUUAUUGUUGCUUUUGUGGAUUGGUUGUGGGCGAGAGUGGUUGCUGCCUUGUUGUGGCCAUUACAUAUGUUGGCUAAAGCGCUUAUCUACAAGAAAAUCCAUGCGUCUAUUGGGAUAUCAAAGGCUGGUAUUAGCGGAGGUGGUAGUUUACCCAUUCAUAUCGACAAGUUUUUUGAGGCCAUUGGUGUGAUUCUACAAAAUGGUUAUGGUUUGACAGAGACCUCGCCGGUUGUGUGUGCACGGACUCUAAGCUGUAAUGUUCUUGGCUCAGCUGGGUAUCCAAUGCAAGGCACAGAAUUCAAGAUUGUAGAUCCUGAGACUAAUAAUGUUCUUCCUCCUGGUUCAAAGGGCAUUGUCAAAGUCAGAGGCCCACAGAUUAUGAAAGGUUAUUAUAAGAAUCCAUCAACGACAAAGCAAGUUCUAAAUGAGAGUGGAUGGUUCAAUACAGGAGACACGGGUUGGAUCGCUCCUCAUCACUCAACAGGACGGAGUCGUCGCUGUGGAGGUCUCAUCGUUCUUGAGGGCCGUGCUAAAGACACAAUUGUACUUUCCACAGGUGAAAACGUUGAACCAUUGGAGAUUGAAGAAGCUGCAAUGAGAAGCAGUUUGAUUGAUCAAAUCGUGGUUAUUGGACAGGAUCAACGACGCCUGGGAGCUAUCAUUAUCCCAAACAAAGAGGAAGCAGAAAAAGUAGAUCCUGAAAUAUCCAAAUUUGGCAAAGAAAAACUAAAGAGCUUGUUCUACGAAGAACUAAGAAAAUGGACAUCAGAAUGCUCGUUCCAAGUUGGACCGAUCUUGAUCGUAGACGAGCCCUUCACGAUAGACAACGGUCUUAUGACACCAACGAUGAAGAUUAGACGGGACAAAGUGGUGGCUAAGUACAAAGACGAGAUACAUAAACUUUACAAUUAA